GGAACAGUGGGUUAACUGCCUGUUCAGGGGCAGAACAAACGAUUUGUACCUUGUCAGCUCAGGGAUUUGAACUUGCAACCUUUUGGUUACUAGUCCAACACUCUAACCACUAGGCUACUCUGCGGUUGCUCAAAUCAGGGCAGUGGUGAGUCUCCAAUGCAGAGGCUGUCAACAGGAUAGAAAGAAUGAGCAUCUUUGAAAGUCCGGUGAAUCACCAGUGGACCCAGCAAUUGUUCAUGUGAAGAAAGUGGACUCUGUCUUUUAUAGUGAUGGUGGUAAAUGGCACGGCGCACGCGGAAAAGAAGUCAAGAAAGAUAGACAUGACAUCAUUGCUUCUGCGGCUGAAACAUUUCUGGGAUUAAAAUAUUUCACAUCUGAAGAGCUACAUGGAGUACUGUGUCGUGUGGUCCUACCCUCUCAAGCCCUAAAGCCUGAGCAGGGUAGUUGAGUUCUCGAAUGACUGAAGGAAUGGGCUAUUUCUUUUUUGUUCGUUUGUGUAGAUUAAUGUUAUUUUUCCCUCCUCGUAAUGGAAUUACUCUUUGGAGAAAUGUUUACCCUCGUCCAGUUGGUGGCGGCAACUCGCCAUUAAAGGAUGUGGUCCGCCAUAAGGCCUCAACGAAGAAGAAGAAGAAGUAGCUAUCCUAUUUCAAAAUAGAACGGUUGACUUGGGCCAUCGCCCCUCCCACACACGCAAAUCAAAAGAGCAGGACUCCACCUAUGGUAAGCCCUCCGGGAAUCCCAACCUAUCACAACCGUGCUUCAUCGCCUCCAACCAAAAACGCCACUCCCUCAUCUGCUUUGGAUAUUCGCUUAGGGUUGUUGACUUGAAAACCGCCUGAAAUUCAGUGGAUAUGUAAUGCUACUCGCCUCAUGACAUGAAUAUGCAUAUGCAUCUUGAAAUAACUCCAAUAUAAAGGUUUUUGUCUCAAAGUUCACGUGUUCUACGUAUGUCAGUGCGCUCAUAACAACUUAAGCAUUGUGAAACUGCUAUCCGAUCAAAUAAACAUCAUGUAGCAAAUAAGCCAUACACAAUUUUGUUGACCAAAUGUGACACUCUCGUUGACCUUGCUUGGUGGGCGAAACAACGAAAAAACGCCACCAGCUGGAGGGAGAAAGAUUUUCUGCGGAGUUGGUUUUCUUGCUUCCUCUCUGGACACUUGAUAUUUGAGAGACGAUUCAGCUUUAAACGGGGUGACGAGAUACAGACCGUGUUGCAACCUGUACGUGAGUAUGAUAGAUAUGCGGAUAUAUGGUACAUUAAUAGUGCUUAGUGUUCAUGUUAUCGCAGGCUGUUCUUGACAUCGCGAAGAAGACCAACCUAGACGUUGGGUUGCAGAUCUACCCAGCCAUUCGUGUAAUGAGGACGAUUUCCUCAACACAACUUUGACUGAGCAUCUAGCUACAGCUCCCAGUGUGCCCUGCUGUGAGUCCCAGUGGGCGUGCGUGGUCCUCCCCUCAGACUGGCAGAGCAGGCUGGCAUAGCGGCACCGGCAGGGGGCCAGUGGGUGACGUUUUCCUCCAGCCUAAGUUGGGGUUGGAAGGGGCAUCGAGAAAGAGUGUCGAGAAGGCAAAGAGGGGUAUCAAGACGACAUCGACAGUAUCGAGGAGAGAUCGAGAGGGUGAAGUCUCUGCCUAGCCUCGUCAGGUGUGUGUGAGGCUCGGAGCAUGGUGAGAGCCUGCGCUGGUUGCCAUGGAGCUACAGGAUAAGAAGCAGGAGGAGGGGGUAGGGACCCUUGGCUUGUCCACUGGUCAGGCUCUGGCGACACUGAGGGACCAGCUCACCACCCUGCUUGCCCAGCACCAGACCACAGGCCGUGGGAAGCAACCGACUGCACAGGAGCAGUGGGUGAAAAGCUUCCUUCACCAUGGCAACCGACACUCCUGUCUCCAUUGGCCAGGAGCUGCCCUUACACUGCUGGUGGUGUUGGGACUUCUCUGUUGUUACGGCGACCAGCCACACGGCAGUUCUGGGAUCGAGUUGGUGAACGCUGCAGCCCUCCUCCUGCUCUUCACGCUGAGCUUCAUGCUGAUUGGUCGACAGCAAAGGCUGAGGAGGACUGAGAUGGUGCACCGGCUCAACAGCAUCAUCAAUCAGCUCAACGACUACCUGUCGGGAUGGGCAGAUUUGGGUAAUGGGGCGAGGUGGUCUCCCUCCCUCUACCCUGACCUGUACACCCCCUCCUCCCCCUCCUGGUCGCUCCACUGGGCCUACCGCGACUCCAAGCUGGUUAACCUGCCUGUGUCCCUACUGGUGGAGGGAGACGUCAUAGCACUACGGCCAGGAAAGGAGGCCUUCGCUUCCCUCCGAGGCAUCAAGGAUGAUGAGCAUAUAGUUCUGGAGCCAGGUGACCUUUUCCCACCUCUCUCCCCUCCUCCCUCCCCCCGGGGGGACCAGAAGAGGGUUCCCCAGAGCCCCCAGCAGCACCGCCUCUUCAGGGUGGUCCGCACCCCCAUCCUCGACAGCGUCAGGAACAGUCUUGACCUGGCUCUGUCUCGACCAAUCACAGCCCUGGAUAAUGAGAGGUUCACAGUGCAGUCGAUCAUGGCCAAGUUCGCCUGCCCUAUAGUACUGGUGGCGUUCUUGGUCGUGAAUACAGUGCGGUAUUUCUGCCACGCCCCCGGACUCACUCCUGGGCGCUUCAACUUCAUCCAGCUGCAGCUGAUGGGAGUGCUGCCCAUCCUUCCCCUGCUGUUUCCUGUCAUGUGGGUGCUGGUCAAUGCCUAUGGAGAGGCUAGUGUCCUGGCUGAGUCCAGCAGAGCUUCUCCUACUGGCCUGCUUGCUAAGUUCUCUGAGGACACUCUAAGCAGCUAUACUGAAGCGGUGUCCUCCCAGGAGAUGCUGCGGUGUGUGUGGAGACACCUGGUGGGCGUGCUGAGGGGAGAAUCCCAGACUCUCUGCUACACCUCCAGCCUGCUACACACACUCGGCUCUGUCACUGUGUUGUGUUGUGUGGACAAACAGGGUGUAUUAUCCUGGCCUAACCCCAGUCCAGAGACCGUGUUGUUCUUCAGUGGUCGCGUGGAGCCGCCUCACAACGACAGUCAGCAAGACCUGCGAGACGACCUGUCUGUCAACUCCUUCUGCCGCAUGGAGACCGACGAUGACCGUGACGAGACCCAGGAGGGGGAGGCUCUGCUGUGUAUGCCAGUGAUGGAUGGGAUGGGGGGCGGGCAUGAGCCCAGUGAGACUUCACAUGACACCGGCCGUUCCGAAGACACAGUUCAGCCUCGGCGGCAGGCGCAGGAGACACGCACCAAACACCCCUCAGGAUCUAAUGUCAGCUUCAGCCACAACACCGAGGGAGGGGAACAGGGCCCUGAACAGGACAUGGUGGGUUGCUGUGACAACGACGCGGAGGACUACGUGUGUGACUACCACCUGGAGAUGCUGAGUCUGUCUCAGGACCAGCAGAACCCGGUGAGUAUCCAGUUCGACGAGCAGGGCUGGCAGUGCCACCUGCCCAGCCUCAAGCCCCUGGGCCUCAACAUCCUGCUCAACCUGUGCAACGCCAGCGUCACCCAGCAGCUCUGUCGCUUCUCCGACCACCUCAGUAACCUGGCGCUGCAGGAAAGCCACGGGGCCGUGCUGCCCGUCCACGUGCCCUGGGGACUGUGUGAGCUGUCCAGGCUUAUAGGGUUCACUCCCGGGGCGAGGGAGCUGUUCAAACAGGAGAACCACCUAGCUCUGUACCAGCUGCCUUGUGGGGAGAAGGCCAAGGAGUCUGUCCCUCGACGCCUACACAACUUCACCAAGAGACAACCUCCCAUCAGCCACCUCAUCUCCCUCUUCAUCAGAGACUCCUCUUCCAAUAACGUCCAGAUGUUGUCUCACGGCUCAGCUGACCUCAUCCUGGAGGCCUGCACUGACGUCUGGGACGGAUCUGACAUCUAUCCCCUCUCUGGCUCCGACAGGAAGAAAGUUCUGGACUUCUACCAGCGUGCCUGUCUGUCGGGCUACUGCUCUGCCUUUGCCUACAAGCCCAUGCAGGUGUCCCUGUCCAACCAGCUCAAUGGGAAAUGUGUGGAGCUAGCCCCCGGACCCAACCUCUUCUCUGGGGUAGAACUGCCCUCCACCACCCCUAUCAAAUACGACUCCCACAGGAACUCCUGGAGCUCUGAUGAGGGUAUAGGAGAAGGUGUGGAGAAGGAUGACUGUGUUCAGGCUCUGAGUGGUCAGAUCUUCAUGGGAAUGGUGUCCUCCCAGUUCCAGGCUCGUCUGGACACCGUCAGGCUCAUAGACGCUCUGGUCACCGCCUGCAUACGCUUCGUCUACUUCUCCAUGGAAGACGAACUACGCAGCAAGGUGUUUGCAGAGAAGAUGGGCCUGGAGACAGGGUGGAACUGUCACAUCUCUCUGACCCCAAACAGGGACAGUCCCUGUGACGGUGCCCCCAACAGCCCAGGCCAGGACUCCCUACAUGAUGACCUGCACCAAGACUCCCGAGAUGAGGCAGAGGGGCCGUUGUUACCAGAGGAGGAGACUGCUGAUGUUCCCAGCUUCCUGGAGGACUGCAACAGAGCGAAGCUACCUCGUGGUAUCCACCAGGUUCGUCCUCACCUGAAGAACAUUGACAACGUGCCUCUGCUGGUGCCUCUCUUCACCGACUGUACCCCAGAGACUAUGUGUGAGAUGAUAAAGAUCAUGCAGGAGAACAGAGAGGUGACGUGCUGCCUGGGGAGCUCUGCCAACUUCCGCAACAGCUGCCUCUUCCUACAGAGCGACCUCAGCAUCGCCCUGGACCCCCUGUACCCGUCGCGGUGUUCGUGGGAGACGUUCGGCUACGCGACAGGAGCAGGCCUGAACGGGGAGGUGGAGGGUCUGUCUCCCCUCAGUCUCUCUGGUCAACUCAACACCCUGGCCUGUUCUGUCACCUUCCACCAGGGGGAGUCGGUCAGCAUGGUCAAACUCAUAGAACAGGCGCGUCACACUACGUACGGCAUCCGCAAAAGCUUCCUGUUCCUAUUGCAGUGUCAGCUGACCCUGGUCCUCAUCCAGUUUCUGGCCUGCCUCGCCCAGCUCCCACCUCCCAUGAACAUCACUGAUAUCCUCUGGCUGUCCUGCUUCAGCUGUCCACUGCUCAGUGUGUCGUUCUUAGGAAAGCCACCAGAAAGUUCUGUGAUGAACGUGGCCACGGGGAAGAACCAAGAUGCCAUCCCCAGAAAGACGCAGAACUACUUCCUGGGUUGUUUCCUUUUGAGGUUUGGCCUGACUGUGUGUGCCUACCUCCUGGGCUUUGGCUUCACGCUGCACGAGGUCUGCCUGAGGGCCAACAACCUGACCAUGGCAGAGAACACCACCAUCAGCUGUAGUGAUAUCCUCAGGGUCAGUUCGGCUCAGGACGCUCCCCAUUGGUUCAGGGAGCUGUCCAACGGCCUGCUGCUCACUCAGAAAGUCAUGGCUGGAUUCCUGGCCCUGCACACAGUGGUCAUCUCUCUGAGCUAUGUCCAUCGCUCUCAGCCGCUGUGGAAGAAGAACCCCUUCAGCAACACCUGGUGGUGCCUCACUGUCCCCGUUGUUCUGCUGGGUCAGUUGGUGCAGGCCACUGUGGACUACCAGCUGUGGCAGGACCGGUUGGCACAUUUGACCUUUGACCUGAAGGACAUCCCCAUGCUGGCCUGGCUACUUGUCUCCCUGUCCUCCCUGGUGGUGGUGCUGCUCAAUGAGGCUGUCAAACUACACGAGAUACGGGUGAGGGUUCGCUACCAGAAGAGACAGAAGCUACAGUUUGAGACCAAACUAGGGAUGAACUCUCCCUUCUGAUUGGCUCAGACAAUGAACAGAGGGGCGUGGCAAUACAUGCCACCAAUCAGCCCUCGAAGUUGGUUCUAACUGCUGACACUGGGUCAGAUCGUUUCUCAUCCCUCUUGUUUGUUAGGAUUGGAGAAAGGGUAACAUGAUCCUAGAUCUGUGGUUGAGGGGAACUUCUACCUCAAGCUCAUAAUCGCACUCCUCCUCAGUGCCCAUUGACCUAAACCCAGGAGCACUCAACCCACCUCAGCCCGAAAGCACUGGCUCCUAGCAGGUAGCGCUAACCUCAACCAAACUGCUACACAUGCUGGGUGGUUUAUCACUGCGAUAAUCCAAUCUUUUUUUGGGGUGGGGGGGAUCCUUGUUUAAAUUGUAUUAUGGUAUAAUUGUUUUGUUUUUUAUAAAAGAAAGAUCCCUAAAGCAUUUUUAUUUUUUACUUUUAAAAGAAAGGCAAACAAAAACGGAAGUAUUUAUAAUAUUGUGGAACGUUAUUGAAGGCCUGGGGAAUGAUUUACUGUAGUUCCUGCUUAGGGAUGGGGGGUACGCUCUCCCACGGUCACUGUUCUAUGAUAUUGUCUCUCACUGUAUCACAUAGGGGUUAUCACACUUCAGCAUGUUCCUCCUUUCUUUUGCCCCAAUACCAGAUGGGGUUUCCCCCAGGAUUUUUUUCAGCAGCGGUGGCUUAGUAAACGUGGGGGGCUAGUUGGCGUGGCCAAUGGUGUGGAUUUAGAGGCCCUCCUCUUGGCCGCAGAGGCAACAUUUUGCGGUUUUAAUGCAAAUGUCCUGCAAUUUUUGCCAUGCGGCGGAGAGAACAUUUUACAGUUUUAAAGAUAAUUUCCUAUGGCUCAUGCCAUGUUCUUACGCUAUCUGAGUGACUCAGAUAACUAUAACAAAAUCAAAGCCAUGACAUUUUGGGAAUUUUAUAUUCUAGUUUUAUUUUGGUGAUUGUUAGUCCUCAAAGAUGAUCCAAGUAAAAACAAAUAUUGCUCCUUUAUCUUUUCUACAUACAUUAUAUAUGGUUUUAAUCGUUUAAGUUUACACUGACAAUAUUUUAUCAUCCCAAAAAGGAUGAUACACUACCGUUCAAAAGUUUGGGGUCACUUAGAAAUGUCCUUGUUUUUGAAAGAAAAGCAAAAAAACAUUGUCCAUUUAAAAAAACAUCAAAUUGAUCAGAAAUACAGUGUAG